AUGAUGAAUUUUGUAUUAUUUUUAAGUCUGUGUUUUGUCCUUGGAGGAUUGGCGGUUGCGUCCAAUCCCUCUCCUUAUUAUGGGGUAGUUGGUCUCGUGUUAGCUUCUAUUGCCGGGUGUGGGUGACUGGUUAGUUUAGGGGUUUCUUUUGUCUCUUUGGUGCUUGUUAUGGUUUAUCUGGGAGGUAUGUUGGUGGUUUUUGUUUAUUCAGUGGCGUUGGCGGCGGAUCCGUAUCCAGAAUCUUGAGGGGACUGACGGGUUGCUGUGUAUGGGGUAGGACUAGGGUUAGUUGUUGUGGUAGGUAUGGUUGUGAUAGGUUUAUUUGAGUUUACGUCGGGGGGUGAUACAGUUAAUAGUACUGGUAUGAUGUCGGUUCGGUUGGAUUUUAGUGGGGUGGCUAUGUUCUAUUCUUGGGGGGCGGGCCUGUUUUUGGUUGCGGGUUGAGGGCUGUUGUUAACUUUAUUUGUGGUGCUGGAGCUUGUGCGGGGGUUGUCUCGGGGGGCAAUUCGGGCAGUUUAG